UAUGGGAGGAAGGGGGCGGGGUUCAGAAGCCCGUAGCAAGAUGGCGGCCGAGGCGUCCCAAAUCCUCCGCGGGGUGACUGAGCCGAGCCCCGGGUCUCUGCCCCCAGCUGUCGAGGGGCUCCCGCGGGGAGAAGUCCCCGACGGGGUUGCUCAGGACGGGGCCGGCACCCGGCAAGACGAGGAGGCCGCGGCGGGCGAGGAGGCUGCCUCCACGGCUGCGACUGUGGAGGCAGCUGAGGAGGUGCGGGAAGCUCCCCCUGACGACGUCACUGCCCUGUGCCGGGACAUGUUCACAAAGAUGUCCGCCUACCUGCACGGGGAGCUUGCGGCCACGUGCGGUGACUACCGGCUGCUGGAGCAGCUGAACCGUCUCACGGCACGGAGCUACGGCGAGAUGGGGGAGCAGGCACGGAGCGUGCACGGCAGGCUCAGCACGCUCACUCAGCAGUACGCAGCGCUGCAGCAGUGUCUCUCACAAGUGGACUCUGUGGAGCUGCAAGUGUCUCUGCUGGAGCAGGCCGCCUACAGACUCGACGCUCACUCCAAACGCCUCGAAGCAAAGUUCAAGAAACUGGAGAAGAGAUGAGCAGACACACACUUACACUCACUCACACACACACUUACACAUACACUCACACACACUCACUCACUCACUCAUACACUCACUCACACUCACUCACACACACUCACACACUCAC